CUUGAGCUUUGCUUUCAUUUACAGACACAGAUAAAUUGAUAUCUAAGUAGGUCGACAUAAAUUGGGUCGAAGGCCAAAGUUUUCUGGUAUAAUCAUUUGGGCAGACAAGCAGACGACUUCGGGAAAGGGUUGGCGUUACGGUCCGUGCAUCGUCAGGUAGCGGGGUCAACACCGAUAUUAAACAGUAAACAUUAGAAACCGUUGUGAUUAAUUUAUUCCAAAAUAGCUCAGCUAUUAAGUUGGAAAAACAUUGUGGACUCCUAAAAUGUAAGUUUUACUUCAACUGCGUUGGCUGUAUUAUGUGACCUCAGUAAGUGUGACCUCGGUAGGUGCAAAAUCAUUAAGUUUGACCUUGGUAAGUGUAACCUCGGUAAGUGUGGCCUCAGUAAGUUUGACCUGAUUAAAAGUGACCUCGGUAUGUGUGACCUCAUUAAGUGUGACUUCGGUAAGUUUAACAUCAUUAAGUUUGACCUUGGUAAGUGUGACCUCAUUAAGUGUGGCGUCAUUAAGUGUGGCCUCAUUAAGUGUUACCUCAUUGAGUAUGACCUCAUUGAGACCUUUUAAGUAUGACCUUAAUACGUGUGACCUCAUUCAGUUUGUCUUCAAUUCUUUGCUAAGGGUGAUUGCUCUCUCAAACGCGUCCAUCUUCUUUUACACGAGAGCAUGGAUUACCCCCAAAAUUGAUAGUCCAACAUUAGAAGUCGGAUAAAUAAAAAUGUGCUCCCUGUGUUGGUCAGCUGAACCGCGCAGAAUUUGAGAAUAACCGUAAGUAUGAGGAUAAGCCAUCUGAGUUCACAUCUUCUCCCAUUUACACUCUCUUACAGCCAAAAGAUAGAUUCAAAAGAGCUCCCCUCGUAUAGCUAAGAAAAGUAAAGCCAUGUGAAAUAUGGCGUUAGAAUGUUUCACUUUCAAGAGCAUCGUUGUGCGUCUUUACAAAAGAGCUACAUUUUUUCAUUCCUACACUUUUAUAUAAAAUAAAAAGGACAUUAUGUUAACAAUAUGGUCGAUGAUAUUUACUUAAUUUAUGUGGUACCUUUUUUUCUCUAAACAAGGUCUGCGAAUGCAAACGCAGAACAAGGACAAGGCAAUAGUAAAGACCAUCAAGAAAAUAAAGAUGUUCCAGAAAAAGAACCACUGGGCCCACCGACGUUCCCGAAAUUAUCAAAAUUAACAGACAGGUGAAGCUUUUAAUUAUUUGUUUUUAAAAACAAAAUGCAGUAAGCGAAAUUCCUGUUCAAGAAAUGUAUCUUUGAUCUAAUCGAAAUCUCACAUAAUAGGUAUUUUCUUUAAAACCUCUAUCAAGAUUUGGUAACACGUUCUUCUUCGGCAAUGCCGGCGACUACUGGCACAUACCAUUUCCCAUUGGAGCAGACAACGAUUACAGGACGCAUGCGCGAAAUAUCAGAAGCAUGGAGAUCAGAGCCGAUGACGUCAUAAUAUGUUCCUAUCCCAAAACAGGUGGAGUAAAAUCAAAUAUUACAUGUCAAAUUUUAAAUUGUCUUCAGUCUUUCAAUCAUAUAGUCAUGAAUGUAUUUAAACUCUAAAUGUAUUGAUUGCAUAUCGAUUAAAGCCUCUCAGACACAGGACCACAUAGAAUCUAUUUUAACAAGAGACACCUAUUUCAGAAUAAUAAAUAAAUUUGGAACCAACACUUGCAAAGAGAAAAAAAUAUCCUUAUGGUCCGAACACUGAACAUUUUUAGAACCGUUUUUAUGUCUUAUAUAAUCUAUUUAGCAGCUACAUUCAAUAUCAUAUAUUUCAAACAUAAUUUCAUGGUGUCUUUUUCAAAUCAAUCACAUGAAAACAAUACUUUGAUCCUCAUUACCAAAAAAAGUGAAAUAUAUAUUUAAAUAGAUUCUAAGUAAAAAUUGGGAAAUGGAGGCAUGUUAUGCAUCGUGAAGUCUUUAGUAUCACUUUUCAAGUUGAAAGGUCUGCAUUUAUUUAAUGUUUGUGUUGGUUGUAUGGUUAUAAACGAUUAACUAUAAACAAUGAUACAAAAUAAAUUUACUUAUUGUAAAGAAAGUAGCCUUAAGAUUAUACAAAAAGGAAGGGAAACAUCUGAUUCUUUGAGAAUAAUACAUUUUUAUUCUAACCAACCCCCAACCUCUUCAGGUCUGCACUGGCAUAUCGAGAUCUUGCACAUGUUGAAGAAGCAGCAGGUCCAGUUUACAGACGGCAACAUAGGAGGGUUUUUUCUGGACAAGACGCCAACAGGUCGCAUUGACGCCCUGCCCUCCCCGCGAUUGGUGUACACUCAUGUCCCUUUCAGGUCAGAUAUUAGCUUGUCCUCAUCGCGAUUGGUUUACACUCAUGUCCCUUUCAGGUCAGAUAUUAGCUUGUCCUCAUCGUGAUUGGUGUACGCUCAUGUCCCUUUCAGGUCAGAUAUUUGCUUGUCCUCAUCGCGAUUGGUGUACACUCAUGUCCCUUUCAGGUCAGAUAUUAGCUUGUCCUCAUCACGAUUGGUGUACACUCAUGUCCCUUUCAGGUCAGAUAUUAGCUUGACCUCAUCGCGAUUGGUGUACACUCAUGUCCCUUUCAGGUCAAAUAUUAGCUUGACCUCAUCGCGAAUUCUGACGUAAUUUUUAAUGUUAGCGACCCAUGUUAACGGCUUGUCUUAACGGCUCAAGUUAGCGAGUCAUUGUUAGUCAAAAAUGACGUUAGAAGGGUAAAAUAAUUUCACUUUGAAUAAGAUGUACCCAGUUAGUCAAAGCACUUACUUGAACAUGUAAAUUUAUAUUUUUGCUUCGAUAUUUUUAUGCUUGUAUAUACAUCUUAAUCACAGGGUAAUAUAAUGCAUACAACCGAAUAGAGAUUAAUGUUUAAUAGUAGGAUCCCUUCGGUAUUUUCAGUGUGUAUUAACCUUAUUCAGUUCAGAGGAUAUGAGAUAAAACACGCGGUUAUUAUCAGUGAAGUGAUGGGUUCACGAAUAGAGCAUCAUGGAAGGUUCAAGGUGCAAGGUCACCAUGAAAUGGUUCAAGGUGCAAGGUCACCAUGGAAGCUGUUGUUUUUUUUUUUGUUUUUUUUUUUUUUAAAUAAAAGCGCAUCUUUGUUUCAUAGAGGCCAAAUUGUUUUAACAAGAAAGCUCAACAGUGAUUAAUGGCGCUCUCGCAAUUUAGGUGCAAGGUCACCAUGGAAGCUGUUGUUUUUUUUUUUUGUUUUUUUUUUUUUAAAUAAAAGCGCAUCUUUGUUUCAUAGAGGCCAAAUUGUUUUAACAAGAAAGCUCAACAGUGAUUAAUGGCGCUCUCGCAAUUACUUUUUAAUGAAACAAGGCCAAAUUUGAAUAUUGAUUCUCUGCUCUGUCCAAGAAAAUUGAAACUUUAAUCUGCUUCAUUUCUGUAAAAAUAGAGGUGUAUCAUUUCUUUCUUCAAAGAUACAUUCCAAGGCAAGCCCUUGAGAAGAAAAUCAAGAUCGUCUACUUGGACAGAAAUCCCAAAGAUGUCCUGGUGUCCUACUACAACUUUAUGCAGAAGCGUCCUGAGCCCUACCACUACCCGGGGACAUUCGAACACUUUUACCGUCUAUGCAUGGAAGUAGGAUGUGAGUUCAGUUGUGUAAAUCAAGAGCAGCGGUUCUUAACCUGUGGGUCGCGACCCCCUGGGGGGUCGGACGACUCUUACGCAGGGGUCGCCUAAGACCAUCGGGAAAAUCAUAUUUAUGAAGUUGCAACGAACAUAAUUUUAUGGUUAGGGGUCACCACAAAAUUAGAAACUGUAUAAAGGGUCGUGGCUUUAGGAAGGUUGAGAACCACUGCUCUAGAGAGAAAGAAUUGAUGAGCUAAAAUGAAAGUAUAAUAAUAAAUACAAUAACACAGGAGGGAUGUAAACGUGUGAUUUACUUUGGCAAGUAAAAAAAAGUAUGUUAAGUAUAAUACACGAAGUAUGACGUCACAGCAGAUUAAAUAGCAAACUGGUAUCUUUUGUUUUUUUUCGUUUUAAUAAAUAAUUAGUGAACAUAGAUACCGGAAAAAACAAUGAAACAACAGAUACAAUUCUAAUGCUAAAACCUUGCCCUUAUGAAUACCGGUAGCGAAGUAAUUUUAAAUUUAAAAACAGAAAUACAUUAUGAAGAUAUUUCGCCAUAAUAAAUUCAUAUUUAUUCACAUUUUUUUAGUUUUCUCAAAUUUUAAUUCAACAGAAGUUCAAUAAGAAAAAAAGUGUUUUCAUGUUCAACACAACUUGUGCUUCUUUUAAAAUGUUUUUAUUUUCUAAAUUACGGUUGAAAACUAUUGGAAUAUACUUUUAAAACUCUGUUAAAUCCUGCCGUUAAAUGGUCAAUUGGUUUGCCUCAGAUCUCUACGGCGACCUCUUCGACUACCUGAUGGAAUGGCAGAAAGGAAUAGAAGCUCACCCCGACUGUCCUAUUUACACGUCAGUGUUCGAGGACAUGAAACUGGUGAGUAGAUUUAACGGCUAUAGCCGGGAAUCGGGCUGUAGCCACGAUAAUAAGGUGCAUGUACAUGGAUUUUAUGGACGGCGUUCGUUACGUCACAGAUGGCAUCUUCGGUGUGACUCCUAGGAAAUGUAUUUCUUGUUUAUGUAUUUACGGUUUAUGUAUUUCUUGUUUAUGUAUUUCUUGUUUAUGUAUUUCUUGCUUAUGUAUUUUUUGUUUAUGUAUUUCUUAUUUAUGUAUUUCUUGUUUAUGUAUUUCUUGUUUAAGUAUUUCUUGCUUAUGUAUUUUUUGUUUAUGUAUUUCUUAUUUAUGUAUUUCUUGUUUAUGUAUAUAUUGUUUAUGUAUAUAUUGUUUAUGUAUUUCUUGUUUAUGUAUUUCUUGUUUAUGUAUUUAUGGAUUAUGUAUUUAGGGUUUAAGUAUUUCUUGUUUAUGUAUUUCUUGUUUAUGUAUAUAUUUUUAUGUAUUUCUUGUUUAAGUAUUUCUUGUUUAUGUAUUUCUUGUUUAUGUAUUUCUUGUUUAUGUAUUUCUUGUUCAUGUAUAUAUUGUUUAUGUAUUUCUUGUUUAAGUAUUUCUUGUUUAUUUGAUUCUUGUUUAUGUAGUUAUGGAUUAGGCCUAUGUAUUUAUGGUUUAAGUAUUGCUUGUUGAUGAAUUUCUUGUUUGUGUAUUUAUGGUUUAUGUAUUUAUGUUUUAUGUAUUUACUGUUUAUGUAUUUCUUGUUUAUGUAUUUCUAAUUUAUGUAUUUAUUGUUUAUGUAUAUAUUGUAUAUGUAUUUCUUGUUUAUGUAUUUCUUGUUUAUGUAUUUAUGGAUUAUGUAUUUAUGGUUUAAGUAUUUCUUGUUUAUGUAUUUCUUGUUUAUGUAUAUAUUUUUAUGUAUUUAAGGUUUAUGUAAUUCUUUUUUAUGUAUUUCUUGUUUAUGUAUUUCUUGUUUAUGUAUUUACUGUUUUGAUUUUAACCCGAUAUGCAAUCUGAACAGGGACAUCACUCUGUCAAUAAAAAACAUCCCCACUAAAAAGCAUCAGAUCAUUCUAAAAGGGGCGAUGUCUAACAUCAGCUCGACUCCACUCCGGGCGUGUGAAAGCUGCAAACAAAUCAGGUUACAGUAAUGGCGCAUACAGUGGCACAGCUAACGACAACCGAGAAAUAUGCCACCCCCUUUAACGGAAGAACCUCUGAAGUUGGCGAAAAAUGCCCCCCCCCCCACACACACACACACAUACACACUUUUUUCCCCCAUAACUUUUGGUCUCUUUAAUAUAUGAGGUCCCUCCUGCAGUAGUGGUUGAAGGCCCGCGCCACGGCUGAGAGUGUAUCAAGUAGUAGGAUUUAAAAUAAACUCUAUAGACAAUAGAAGAACUAUUUUUUUUAAACUUUUCUUCACAGGAUCCCGUGGGUGGUGUUAAGAAACUCAACGAGUUCCUGGCCACCGGAUGCAGUGAUGAGUUGUGUGAACAAAUUGCCGUCGCCUGUAGCUUCACAAACAUGAAAGAGUAUAAAGAGAAGACAACCAGUGAGCACGCCAAAUCACUUUUUAAGGACAAAACUUUGGCUACUUAUAGGAAAGGUGAUUGUUAAAGACAUUUUUUAACGACAUUAAGGGCGUGGCUAAAAUGUAAAAUGUUUAGUGCCACCCUGGGCGGGGCAAGAUUUUUAGCUGCAAACAAACAAACAAACAAACAAACAUCGGCAGUUGGCCGAAAAUGCCACAGAAGUAUAAGAUUAAUAAGAAAAAAAGUGCCACCCAAAGUAGACAGCCCCCUCCCCCCCUUUUAUUCCGACGUCAUCGAUGACAUUGACAUAUUUUUUGUUAAUUUUAAAACUUAAACAUCUUUUAUUGACAAAUGCUGAUAUUUCCUCUCCGAGUUUCUAAACCAACGGAAUUCUUUAAACUGUUCUAUAGCAUUUUUGAGAUCAAUGAAUUCAUUGAACUCUUUUUUUUUCUCUACAUUUUAGUAUAGGCUAUUUUAAGGUUUUCACUUAUUUCUUAUUCGUUUAUUGUUUGUUUUUGUUUUAAAAUUUAAUGCUAAUAAAAAAUGGUUGAUGUUGUUUUUCUAUGAAAUAUUAACACAAUUGCAAUUGAAUCCCCCCCCCCUUUUCUAUUUGUUAAAUUUCCCAGGCGAGGUGGGAGACUGGAAGAACUGGUUCACUGUGACCAUGAAUGAAGAGUUUGAUGCCGAGUACAAGAAGAGGAUGUCAGAAUAUAAAACCGUUUACAGGUUCACGCUGGAUGAUUGUCACGGAUGAACGGGUGGUUCUUAUCGUGACAUGCCAUGCAGUAGGGUGGAUUGACAUGGAUGAACGGGUGGUUCUUAUCGUGACAUGCCAUGCAGUAGGGUGGAUUGACAUGGAUGAACGGGUGGUUCUUAUCGUGACAUGCCAUGCAGUAGGGAGGAUUGCACCCAGGCACGUGCACCGUUUUUUUUUUCUUUUGAAAAAUGCUCUAAUUAAAAAUUCCAAAUAGGCUCCUUUUCUAAUAAAUGAUCCGCAAUCUUA